UUUUCAUGGGAAAUGGGAAAGUCCGUUUGAAGCAUCUAAAACGGCAAUCCUAAUUCCUAAGUUCCUAACACACCUUUAAGACCAAUAUAUAACAUAAACGCAGGCUGCAAGCAUUGCUGUACUUGAAUUGUAUUGCUUUCACCAUUUUUUACAUUCAAUUCCAUUCCAUGGCCUCAGAGAUAGAAGCUGCUCUUGCGGCCACUCCCUCUGACGAUCCCACCAUAUUUGACCAGAUCAUCAAUAAGGAAAUUCCUUCUACUGUGGUUUAUGAGGAUGAUAAGGUUCUUGCCUUUAGGGAUAUAGCUCCACAAGCACCUACCCAUAUUCUAAUCAUCCCUAAAGUUAGGGAUGGGUUGACUGGUCUAGCCAAGGCUGAGGAGAGGCACUGUGAGAUUCUCGGUCGCCUUCUGUACACUGCAAAGCUGGUUGCAAAGCAAGAAGGUCUUGAUGAUGGCUUCAGGAUUGUAAUCAAUGAUGGGCCAGAUGGGGGCCAAUCAGUUUACCACAUUCAUGUGCACCUCAUUGGGGGACGUCAGAUGAACUGGCCUCCUUUCUAAAAUGUGAAAAGAUUCAGCGUGACUGUGCGAGCUACGGGUUCUCACAGUACACCGCUGCAGACCUGCAGUAAUACUCUGCUUAUGCAAUCUACAAAUAGUGGCUUUAAAUAAUUUAGUGUCUUCAUGUUACACCAAGAAACUAUGAUGAGUUAAAUAACCUACAUUAGUUACAUUCAAACUAGUGUGUCAAAUUUAUGUUAUAACCAUAUUGCAAAGUCAUUUUUGGAUUAUGGUUGUUGA